CCGACGAGCUCCUUCCACUUCCCCACCCAGCUGAUUCCCCCACCCCACCCCCCUCCUCCCAGAGCAGCCAACCGGUUUUGUGUCCCUGAAGCGCACUAUAAAACCUGCACCGGUGGCGCUCGCUGCUCUACCAGACCUGGGUGAAGGGGCAGUCCCAUCUCCAGCCGGUAACAGCCCGAGCAGGCAGAACAUGAGCGUCUUCCUGCGAAAGCGAUGCCUCUGCCUAGGCCUCCUGCUCCUCCUUCUCUUAAAUCAAGUCUCUGCAACUCUGCGCUGCCCGAGUCGGUGCCCGCCCCAGUGCACCGGUAUAUCACCCACCUGCGCCCCCGGGGUGCGCUCGGUGCUGGACGGCUGCUCCUGCUGUCCGGUGUGCGCCCGCCAGCGCGGGGAGAGUUGCUCUGAGAUGAGACCCUGCGACCAAAGAAGCGGUCUCUACUGUGACCGCAGUGCAGACCCUUUCAACGAGACUGGCAUUUGCAUGGUUCCUGACGGAGACAACUGUGUGUUCGAUGGGGUCAUUUACCGCAACGGAGAGAAGUUUGAGCCAAACUGUCAAUACCACUGCACCUGCAGAGAUGGGCAAAUUGGUUGUGUGCCCCGCUGCCAGCUCGAUGUGCUACUGCCAGGGCCUGACUGCCCAGCUCCGAGAAAAGUCUUGGUGCCCGGGGAGUGUUGUGAAAAAUGGAUCUGCGGCUCAGAAGAGCAGGAGACCCUGGGAGGCCUGGCCCUUCCAGCCUACAGACCGGAAGCCACCGUAGGAGUCGAAGUCUCCGACUACAGCAUCAACUGCAUUGAGCAGACCACAGAGUGGAGCGCCUGUUCUAAGACCUGUGGAAUGGGCUUCUCCACCCGGGUCACCAACAGAAAUCCCCAGUGUGAGAUGGUAAAGCAGACUCGUCUCUGUGUCAUCCGGCCUUGUGGACAAGAGCCUGAGGAAGUAACAGACAAGAAAGGUAAAAAGUGUCUCCGCACCAAGAAGUCUCUGAAACCCACCCACCUACAGUUCAAGAAUUGCACUAGCCUGCAGGCCUAUAAGCCCCGGUACUGUGGGGUCUGCAGUGAUGGCCGCUGCUGUACCCCCUACAACACCAAAACUAUCCAGGUGGAGUUUCAGUGUUCCUCGGGGCAUAACAUCAAGAAACCAGUCAUGGUCAUUGGAACCUGUACCUGCCACUCCAACUGCCCUAAGAAUAACGAGGCCUUCCUGCAAGAGCUGGAACUAAAAACGAGCAGAGGAGAAAUGUAACAGGUGCCCAGGGAAGCACAUUGGUUGAGGCAAACUGUCGCUGCAGCAUGGCCCACCAUCACUUGUAUAUAAGAAACAUAAUGAAGGAGUUGUCCUCUGUACGUUUCUGUGAUCAUAUGAGGUCAAUUAUAUUUGUCUUUUUUUUCUUAAUGAAAGAUGUUCCAAAUGUAAACUUAGAAUCAAGGUAAGCUCAGGACAUGGCUUAGGGGGUGACUUGCUUUCCUGUGCUGUUUAAUACAAGUGCAAAUUUGUGUACAUUGAAGUCACAUACACGAUCUAGUUGGUAGAAUAUGUCGCAUCACACUCAUUUUCUGUGCACUAGUUAAAUCCCAAUAAAUGUUACAGAAAUGAUUGACACAGUGAAAUCUAAGAUCAUGUUGAACAUGGACUUAUGUAUUACCAUGUACCGAGGCUGACUUGAGGAAUCUCUACUGAGCUCCUUGUUGGGACAGGUCAACUUUGUGCUUCCAAAUGUAAGAUCAAAGGGAGCACACAGCUCUUGAACAUGAAGUUCAGAGACUGAUUUUUCUACUUAAUACACUAGGAAAUGUGCUAUAGCUACAGCAGUAGAGUGUCUCUUAAUUAAGUGGGCUGGUGUCAUGAACUUUCUCCAUUACAGACAAGCUGACUCCUUUCCAAUAGAAAGAGGCUGAACCAAAAACUCCCAGUGCAGAGAUGACGGGGCCUCUCAGUGCAUGGUUUGCGUCCCAGAGGCUGCUGAGGCCCACUUCUUCAAAAUUAAACUCAGACUCUUUCACAGUUAAACAGUACACUGAAGACAAAGCCACUUAAUUUACAAUCUCUAAUGACUUUCAAAUGUGAUUUUAGUGCAAUUUUGAAACAGGAGAGCAGAAUCUACCAAAUUUUAUGAAAGUUUAGAGUUACUCUACUCAAAAUACAUCCUUUGGUCAGAGUUAUGAAAACACAAGCUAUGCGUGUGUACCUGUGUAUGCUUAAUAAACAAAGGUCACAAAAUGUGCUAGAAAAUACAAUUUGUACAUCACCACACGAGUUCCACUUUUUCUUUUAAAAGUAUUUAUGAAAAUAUAAAUUAUACAUUUUGUAAAAUAUUCUCUUUAAUUCCCCAGCUGUUACAAACAACUUUAAAAGAAUACAAUGUUAUCAGUGCAUGACUCUGGUAU